AUGGCCGCGGGCUCCGUGCCGGCAGCGGCGCGCUGGGAGCGCAGCCCCACCGCCAUCCCCGGGCGGCGGCGGCGAUGGGGCACCGAGGAGGACGCGGACGAGGGCCCCGCCGUGCUGGUCCUGAGCCACUUCUCCCGGCCGCCCUUCCUCAGCUUCGGCCGCCUGCAGGUGGGCGCUUCCCGCACGCUCCCGCUGGGAUUCGACAACCCCAACGAGGAGCACAUCGACGUGGUGGUCGAGCGCCUCCCGGCCAAGGGCUUCAGCAUCGAGCACCGCCGCUUCGUUGUGCAGUCAGGACAAAGAAUCUUUGUUUCUGUGACAUGGACACCAUUAGAAGAAGGAAAAGUCAGAGAACUGGUAACUUUUCUUGUUAAUGGCGUUGUAAAACACCAGGCUGUGCUCCUCGGUGCUGCUGAGCAGCCCCCAAAGAAAAAGAGGAGUCUUUGGGAUAAAUUAAAAAAGAAAAACUCUUCAGAAACCUCUGCUGCAACAAAAGUUAAAAAGGGUACUUCAGAAAUAGAAAAUGUUGAUAAAACAUUCCAAGUUUCUCAGAAGGUGGAUAGACUUAGACGUCCACUUCAGGCAUGUGAAAAUCAGAACACAGUGCAAAAUAAUACAUCCCCAGGAAAUGACGCUCUUCUUGGCUCAGAAAAUCAAUCACCUCCAUCUCCUAUUGCACCAGUGCCAGAGGAACAUCGUAGUACAGUUAGCACACCCCUUGCAAUGAGAAGAUCUACUACGUUUGCAGAUAUUGCUGCCUCUGUAAAUGAGGAGUUAUUGCCUCAGAGACACAACCAUAAAGUCAAGAAGUGUGUUAAUGAGCAUGAGUUGCAAUCUGAAAGUGUCUACGGUUCUGAUGGAUUAGCACAACUACCACUUUCAGACAGUGGAGGAGUUCUUAAUUAUACACUCUCACCAGUUUGCACUCCAGAACACUCAGCAUAUGCACCUGCUGUAAGUACAAGAAGAAUUUUAAGUCCAGAUGCUUUUGUAAAUGGCAAUUAUCAAGUGGAUAUAGACACAACAGAGCAGCCUUUUACAAUUCUGUCACCUGAUCAAUUUGUGAAAGACAGUUUGUCAGAUAAGCAAUCAAAGACUCCUAAACCUGAGGCAGCAUUAGUACUAUCUACCACAGAGACUUAUGUUGUAAAGAGAUUUCUACCCUCAAAAUGGAGAAAGGAUGGAGAUGUAGAGACAGAAACUCAUGUUUGCGUAGAACACAACUUACACAAAGUCUUUGAGAUGCACAAUGUAACAUCACUUCAUGAUGACAAACCCAAAGAAAAUCACUGCAGUUCUCGUUCGGCAGAGGAACCUCAGACUGAUAAUUCUUCUCAGAGAGAACAAACGAAAAAACGUCCAAUUCUUUCUGCCACUGUUAUAAAAAGUAAGCCUGGUACUACAGAACAAACAAGAGCAGAAACGUGCCAGCCGAAAUCUAAAAAAUGCCUUAAUAAAGCAAUAAUAGAAUGUGCUAAUGUGGUGCCUGUAUGUACAGAAGCAGAAAUAUUUGAACACCUGCCAGUUACAGGUCCCAUUUCAGCUGAAAGUAAGUGUCACAAUGACAAAGUAAAUUCAUCUCCUACUGGAUCAACUUCUUUGUGUCGUAAGAGGAAAAGUGAAACCUAUGUAGAAAAUAGUAGAGUUACAGCUCCAGUGUAUGUAGAAGAAGUGGAAAGAAAAAGAACUCUUACAUCCAGCACGGGUAAUCAAACACAUACGACUAUGAGACCAGCAGCCUUCAAACCCACAAACCGAGAGAAAACAGGGCAGAGAAAGAAAGCAGGUUAUUCACUUCAGAAAGCAUCUAAAACUACCAAGAGAAUUAGUAAACCGGUCCCUGGAUUGGCCCAGUCUCACCUGACAUUUGUGAAACCACAGAAAACAGUCAUUCCUAGGCACCCAAUGCCUUUUGCAACUAAAAACAUGUUUUAUGAUGAACGUUGGAAGGAGAAGCAGCAACGAGGUUUCACUUGGUGGUUAAAUUUUGUACUUACCCCAGAUGACUUCAGUGUGAAAACAAAUACCUCACAAGUAAAUGCAGCUGCUCUUAUCCUGGGAGAAGAGAACCAUCAUAAAAUGAGCCUUCUUAAAGCACCAACGAAAGAUGAGGCGUCUCUAAAGGCCUAUACGGCUCAUCGGAAGCUGAACAAGCUGCGCCGUGAAGCUUGUCGUUUGUUUACCUCCGAAACAAUGGUCAGAGCCAUUAAGAAACUGGAAGUUGAGAUUGAAACUAAACGCUUGCUGGUUCGUAGAGACAGGCACCUCUGGAAAGAUAUAGGAGAGAGGCAGAAAAUACUCAACUGGCUGUUAUCGUACAACCCUUUAUGGCUGCGUAUAGGUCUGGAGACUGUUUAUGGAGAACUGAUAGCUUUGGAGAGUAAUAGUGAUGUUAUGGGUUUAGCAAUAUUUAUCCUUAAUCGCCUGCUUUGGAACCCUGACAUUGCAGCUGAAUACAGACAUCCCACUGUGCCUCACCUUUACAGAGAAGGUCAUGAGGAAGCUUUGUCGAAAUUCACACUGAAAAAAUUGCUGUUGUUAGUUUGCUUUCUGGAUUGUGCCAAACGGUCCAGGAUGAUUGACCAUGACCCUUGCCUCUUUUGUAAGGAUGCAGAGUUCAAGGCUAGCAAAGACCUUUUGCUUGCAUUUUCCCGGGAUUUCCUGAGUGGUGAAGGUGACCUUUCCCGCCAUCUCGGUUUCCUAGGACUACCUGUCUGCCAUGUUCAAACUCCACUUGAUGAAUUUGAUUUUGCUGUCACAAAUCUGGCUGUGGACUUGCAGUGCGGCAUUCGUCUCGUGAGAACAGUGGAGCUUCUGACCAAAAACUGGAAUCUUUCAAAACAACUGAGAGUUCCUGCAAUAAGUCGUCUACAGAAGAUGCAUAAUGUUGAUAUUGUUCUUAAUGUCCUUAAAGAGAGAGGAAUACACUUGAAAGAUGAAAGUGGUGCUUCAAUUGACUCCAGGGAUAUUGUGGAUAGACACAGAGAACGAACAUUAGCACUCCUGUGGAAAAUUGUCUUUGCCUUCCAGGUGGAUGUUUUUCUGAAUGUGGAACAGUUGAAAGAAGAAAUUGAGUUUUUGACUAACUCAUACAAGAGAAAAGCACAAUUAAAUGCUCUCAAGACUUUUCCAAACUCUGUUAGAGUACAAGAAGACAAAGAUAACUCCUCACCUCAGAGUUACAGUGAAAAUGUGAAGCUCCUGAUGGCAUGGGUUAAUGCUGUUUGUGGAUUUUACGAUAUCAAAGUAGAAAAUUUCACAGUGUGUUUCUCAGAUGGUAGAGUAUUAUGUCAUUUGAUUCAUCAUUAUCAUCCGUGCUACGUGCCUUUGGAAGCUGUGUGCCAACGAACAACUCAGACAGUAGAAUGCUCAAGAACUGUUACAGUGGGAUUAAACUCUUCCUCCUCAUCAGAGUCUGAUACUUCUCUAAAUCUUAUGGAAGAAAUGUUUGACCAAACCGUAAAUCCCUCAGUCCUAUACAAGGAGCUCUUGGACAAUGAAAAGAAAAACUUCCAACUGAUCAAUGCUGCAGUUUCUGACCUAGGUGGAAUACCAGCAAUGAUUCAUCACUCAGACAUGUCAAAUACAAUUCCUGAUGAGAAGGUUGUUAUUACCUACCUGUCAUUCCUGUGCUCGCGGCUUCUUGAUCUGCGGCACGAAACUCGAGCUGCACGGAUAAUUCAGUCUGCUUGGAGGAAUUAUAGGCUGAAAAGGGAACUGAAACUUUAUCAGGAAAGAGACAGAGCUGCCCAGAUAAUUCAGAAAUCUGCAAUAAACUUCUUGGCUCGUCGACACCUCCUGAAGAGAGUGAACGCAGCCAUUUCCAUCCAGAAGCACUGGAGAGGAUACUCAGCCAGGAUGACUUUCUUCAAUCUGAAAAAGGCAAAACUGGAGGAAGCCAGAAGUAAAUCUGCCACAGUCAUUCAGGCUUAUUGGAGGAGAUACUCUGCUAGGAAACAAUAUUUACAGCUAAGAUACUAUGUUAUUUUUGUACAAGCAAGGAUAAGGAUGGUGAAGGCUGUUGCUGCAUAUAAAAGAAUUGUUUGGGCUACUGUUACAAUUCAGAGUCAUCUGCGUGCAUCUAAGUUGGCAAAAAAAGAUCGACAAAGAUACAAAAUCUUAAAGUCUUCAGCACUUACUAUUCAGUCUGCAUUCAGAAGAUGGAGAAAACACAAAAUUCAACAGAAAAUUAAAGCGACUUUAGUACUUCAGACCUAUUUCCGAAAAUGGCAAUGUUCCAAACUGGCUAAGAGAAGGAGGGCUGCCCUUGUCAUACAGUCGUGGUACAGGAUGCACAGGGACCUGAAACAAUAUUUACAUAUUAGGCAAAAUGUUAUCAAGAUUCAGGCUUGGUACAGGUGUCAGCUGGCCAGACGUGUUUACCAGGAACACAGGGCAAAGAUAGUGAUAAUUCAGCAGUAUUACAGAGCUUAUAAACUAGGGAAAACUGAGAGGGAGCACUAUUUACAAAAGCGUGCAGCAGUGAUAGUUCUCCAGGCUGCUUUUAGAGGCAUGAAGGCACGUAAGCUGUACAGACAAACAAGAGCUGUUUGUGUUGUUCAGUCACUGUGGAGAAUGAAACAAGAGAAACGACGGUUUCUGCAAUUAAAAAAAUCUGUUACUACAUUGCAGUCACACGUGAGGAAAUACCAGCAAGUGAAAAGAUACAAUGAGAUUAAAAAGGCUGCUUCUGUAAUUCAAACUCGGUAUAGGGCACAUGUCGCCUCUAAAAAAGCAGCUACUUCUUUCCAGAGGAUGCGCCUGGCUGCCAUUGUUCUCCAGUCUGCCUACAGAGGGAUGGAAGCUCGGAAAGAGGCUCGCAUAUUGAGAGCUGUGAUCAAAAUUCAGGCAAGUUACCGUGCUUAUGUCGUCCGGAAGAGAUUUAAAAACUUGAAAGAUUCGACAGUAAAGAUUCAAGCUUUUGUGAAGAUGUGGCAAGCACGUAAACAUUAUUGCGCUUUAAAGGAAGCAACACUUUAUGUCCAGCGAAGGUAUCGGUCUCAUAGAUAUGCUCUUCAACUUAAAGAAGAUUUUAGGAAAUUGAAGGGAGCUUGCAUAAGAAUUCAAGCUGUAGUCCGAGGCUAUCUUGUCAGGAAACAAAUACAAAGGUGGAGGGAGACUGCAGUGUUUCUUCAGGCCUGCUACAGAAUGAGAAGGGACAGGCAACAGUACUUAAGCAUCUAUAAGGCUGCCAUUGUCAUUCAACAACAUUAUCGUGCACACAAAAAGCAACAGUGUCAGAGGCAGGAAUUCUUGCAAGUUAAAAAAGCAGCUGUGCGCUUACAGGCAGCCUACAGGGGUUAUAGAACACGCAAAAAGCUUAAACUUGAAUACAGAGCUGCUAUUAAAAUUCAAACUGCUUUUAGAGCUUAUGCUGCACGAAGGAAACACAAGGCAGUUGUUCAAGCCUCUGUUGUGAUUCAGAGGUGGUACAGAAAUUGUAGGAGUGGUAACAGGCAAAGACUGAACUUCCUAAGGACAAGAGCGGCAGUGCUUUCUUUACAAGCAGCUUUUCGUGGCUGGAAGGUUCGAAAGCAGAUUCGAAGACAGCACGUUGCUGCUACUGUGAUACAGUCUGCCUUCAGGAAGUUCAUGGCUCUGAAAAAGUUCAGGCUUAUGAGCCACGCUGUGCUAACUAUUCAAAGGCAUUACAGGGCCAGCGUUAUGGGCCGGAAACAGCGACAAGAAUAUGUUCAACUGCGUAACUCUGUGGUGCGUCUUCAGGCAAUAUGGAGGGGGAAAACUGUGAGGAAAACAAUUCAGAAGCAGCACAGUCUUGCAACCAUUAUUCAGACCUAUUACAGAAUGCAUGUAAAUCAACAAAAAUACAAGAAACUAAGACAAGCCACUCUAGUGAUUCAAAAAUACUUUAGAGCUUACUGUAUGAAAAAAUCCCAACGUACAAUUUAUCUAAAAACAAAGGCAGCUGCAUUAGUGUUGCAGUCUGCUUACCGUGGAAUGGCUGUGAGAAAACACCUGAACAAACUAAACAAAGCUGCUACAACUAUACAGGCUGCCUUCAGAUCCUACCUGGCCAAGAAGGAGUAUGAAAGACUUAGAUCUGCAACUAUAGCUAUGCAAAGGCAUUACCGUGCAGUUAUUCAUGCUAAAUGUCAAAGGCAGAGAUAUUUGUCUUUAAAAAGAGCCACAGUCAAAAUGCAGGCGAUUUACAGAGGUGUAAGAGUCAGACAACAAGUUCACCGUAUGCAUCAAGCAGCUGUUUGCAUCCAAGCCACGUUUAAGAUGCAUCACAUGAACAUAAAAUACCGGUCAAUGAGAAUGGCAGCGAUUAGAAUUCAAAGACAGUAUAGAGCGUUUUGUUUAGGCAAAGUACAGCGCAAAAAGUACUUGGAACUAAAGAAGUCUGUCAUAAUCCUUCAGGCUGCUUGCAGAGGCAUGAAAGUCCGACGAGACUUAAAAACUAUGCAUCAGUCAGCAGCAAUAAUACAGUCUUAUUAUCGAAUGUAUAGACAACAGAGGGAUUUCAGAAAGUUGUUGCUGGCAACUAGGCAGAUUCAGCAGUGGUUCCGUUCAUGUAAGGAGAGAAAUGCACAAGUUCACAAGUAUAUGAUGAUGAAAAAUGCUGUACUGCGCAUCCAGGCUGCGUUCCGUGGUAUGAAAACAAGAAGACUUAUCAGAACUAUGAGUGAAUCAGCUGUGAUUAUUCAAAGAAGAUUUAGAACUUUCCUUGAGAGGAAACAUUUUCUCUCCAUUAAGGCAGCUGCUGUUGUAAUUCAGAGAAAAUACAGAGCAACAAAACUGGCAAAAAUUCAACGUCAAAACUAUCUCUCUAUCCUUAAUGCUGCAGUUAUCAUACAGUCUGCUUAUAGAGGAUUUGUGGUAAGGAAAAAAAUGCAGCAAAAGCAUCAAGCUGCUACAGUUAUUCAAGCAAUGCUAAGAAUGCGUAAAAUUUACACUUCUUACCAAGAAAUCAAGCGUGCUUCAGUAACCAUACAGCGACGUUAUCGAGCUUACAGGGAAGGGAAGCAUGAGAGAGAAAGGUAUUUUAAACUGUACAAUUCUGUUUUAGUUCUUCAAGCUGCCUAUAGAGGAAUGAAAACAAGAUGCUUCUUGAGGAGAAGACAUGAGGCAGCACUUACAAUACAGAGAAACUACCGAAUGUGUAGGCAGUACCGUCAUUACAGAAAACUUCAGUGGGCAGCCCAGCUAAUACAGAGGAGAUACCGAGCCAAUAAGCUAAGGAAAAUUGCAGUACAGCGUUACUCUUCAUUAAAGAAAGCAGCAACUCGUAUCCAGAAGGCCUUUCGAGGCAUGCAAGCAAGAAAACAACAGCGAGAAAUGCAUCGGGCUGCUACUGUGGUUCAGAAAAACUUUAAAGCUUUUAGAGAACGUCGGAGAUACCUCUCUCUUAAAGCAGCUACACUCGUCUUUCAGAGAAGGUACAGAGCUUUGCUUCUGUCAAGACAGCAUACUUUGGAAUAUUGUUCUCUUCGCAGAGCAACUGUUUGUAUACAGGCUGUGUACAGAGGCAUCAGGGUGCGGAAGAGCAUCAAGCACAUGCAUUCAGCUGCCAGUGCCAUACAGUCAGCCUAUAGAAUGCACAGGGAUAGAAAGUCCUACCAAAAUAUGAGAACUGCAGCUAUUGUUAUACAAAGCUACUAUCGAUCCUACGUGAAAGGAAGGAACCAAUGGAAGGAAUAUCUGACAGUGAAGAAUUCUGUUCUUGUUAUUCAAGCAUCGUACAGAGGCAUGAAGGCACGGCAGAAACUGAAAGUCAUGCAUGUUUCAGCAACUGUAAUACAGUCUGGUUAUCGCAUGUACGUACAGCGUAGGCAUUUCAAACAGUUGUGCUGGGCUGUCAGAGUCAUGCAGCAGAGGUUCAGAGCCAAAAUGGCAAAAGAAGCUGACAUGAAAAACUAUGCAAAAAUGAAAAAGGCUGUCAUCUGCCUUCAAGCUGCUUUUCGUGCUAAAAAAGCCAGGCAAUUGUAUAAAGCCAACAUUGCUGCACGGUGCAUUCAGUCAUUCUUACGAAUGUGCAUAGAGAGGAGACGCUUUCUUGAAAAGAAAUCAGCGGUAAUAACAAUCCAGUCGAUGUUCCGAUGCCAAAGAACAAGGACUCGCUAUAAACUGAUCCGGAGUUCAGCAAUUGCUAUUCAGAGGUGGUACAGAUCGUGUCACAGGGCUCGUUUACAGAGAGCAGAGUAUUUGGCUCAAAGACAAGCAAUAGUCAUUAUUCAGUCUGCCUUCCGUGGUUUGAAAGCAAGAAAAAUAGCAAGGCAAAUACGAGCUGCAAGAAAGGUUCAGUCUUUUCUUCAGAUGGCUGUGCAACGAAGAAAAUAUGUCCAACUUAGAACAGCAGCCAUUACAUUACAAGCCUAUUACUUAAUGUGUAAAACUCAAUCACAGUAUACAAGAUAUAAAAAAGCAGCAGUUGUCUUACAGCGGUGCUACCGAUCCCACUUGACUGUGAAACACCACAGAAUGGCUUACUUACAAACCCGGAGGAACAUUAUCAUUGUGCAGGCUAGAGUCAGAGGAUUCAUUGAAAAGAAGAGGUUUCACAAAGUUAAAGAAAGCACAAUAAAAAUUCAGGCACUUUUCCGUGGAUUUCUUGAGAGACAGAAAUACCUUCGGUGCAAGUUUUCUGCUGUAUUGAUACAGCAGCACUACAGAGCCCAUCGGAUGCGACAUAUUGAACAGCAGAGAUACCAUCAAAUGAAAAGAGCUGCCAUUAAAAUUCAGGCAGCAUAUAGAGGAUACAAAGCCAGGCAAUGGGUUAACAAAAUGAGAGCAGCACAAGUAAUCCAAGCCUGGUUUCGAGGUCACAAAGCACGAAAGGAAUAUGCAGCUGUGGUAAAAGCUACACUUAUUAUUCAGAAUCACUUCAGAACGAAGCAGCUGCGGACCUGGUUUUUGGAAAUGAAGUUCUGUGCACUUACCAUCCAAAGAAGGUGGAGAGCGACCCUCACUGCCCGAGUGAUUCGGCAUCACUUUCUGGCAACUAAGAAUGCUGCAGUUAAGAUUCAGCUGGCAUAUAGACAGUACAGGGCUAGAAAACUUCUAAAAAAGAAGCUUCAGGCUGCAUGUUUGAUCCAAAAAGCAUAUAGAGGUUUCAAGGCAAGAAGGAAAUUUGUUCAACAAAAAGCUGCUGCUGUAAUUAUCCAAAAACAUCUGCGGGCUUGGCAGGAAGGCAGACUUCAAUUUAUGAAAUACAAUAAGACUAGAAGAGCUGUCAUUAAACUGCAAGCAUUUAUACGGGGUUAUUUGGUCAGAAAAAAGAUUUCAGAACAGAAACAAAAAAAAAGACUACUUCGUUUUACAGCAGCUGCAUAUCAUCAUCUCUCUGCAAUUAAAAUUCAAAGGGCAUAUAGGAUUCAUCUCACCUUAAAACUUGCACAAAACCAGAUCUCAUCUGUUCUUAUAAUACAGAGAUGGUUCCGAGCAAAAAUGCAACGGAAGAGAUUUCUGAGAGAUUAUCGAAGAAUCAUUCUAUUACAACGUGCAGUUCGAGGCUGGCUAAAUCACAGACACGAUGCAGCAACCAUAAUCCAGCGAAAUGUGCAAAGAUUCCUUGCUUGCAGACGUAGGAGAAAAUUUGCAGUUGGAAUCAUUAAAUUUCAGGCAUUGUGGAGAGGAUAUUCUUGGAGAAAAACUAAUGACACAGCAAAAACUAAAGCUUUAAGGCGCAGUUUAGAAAAGGCUAACAAAAAGAGCAGAGAAGAAAACAAAUUGUGCAACAGAACUGCAACUGCAAUUGAAUACCUUCUAAAAUACAAACAUCUCUCUUACAUUCUUGCAGCAUUAAAUCAUCUUGAGGUGGCUACCAGGUUGUCCUCACUGUGUUGUGAAAAUAUGGCCCAGAGCAGAGCCAUCUUCAGUAUUUUUGUUCUGAUUCGAAGUUGCAACCGGAGCGUUCCAUGCAUGGAUGUGAUCAGAUAUUCAGUUCAGGUUCUACUUAAUGUUUCAAAGUAUGAAAGAACUACUCAAGCAGUUUAUGAAGCAGAAAAUUCUAUAGAUACUUUACUAGACCUACUGCAAACGUACAGAGGGAAAGCUGGGGACAAAGUUUCAGAGAAAGGAGGAAGCAUUUUCACAAAGACCUGUUGUUUGUUGGCCAUCCUUUCAAAGGACUCAAAAAGAGCUUUGGAAAUCCGAGGCAUGCCAAGAACUGUUCCUUGCAUUCAAAGCCUGUAUAAACUCACAGCUCGGAAACACAGAAUGGAUGCAGAGAGAACACUUGUGAAACAGAAAACAAACACUGCCUUAGGUGGAAGUUGUUCUGUUCCAGUAACUCCUCUAAGAAUAAAAACAGUUUCAAAAAUUAAACCGGACUGGGUCUUGAGGAAAGAUAACAUGAGAGAAAUCGUGGAUCCUCUGCAAGCAAUUCUGAUGGUGAUGGACACACUUGGUAUUGCCUGCUACUGAAAUGUAAAUGAUGUAUAGGAAG